CUUGCGAUUACAGGCUUUUCAGUUGGAACAGUCUUCAGUAUGAGUCUGCUGUUUAAUUGGGAAUAAACAGCUCAGAACGUUAUUUUAAAUCAACAUCUCAGCCGCACAACACUGAAGGAUGAGGCUGCCUGCUGAGUUAUGGGUUUUUCUGCUGUCUCUGCUGGCACCCGGGGUUUUGUACAUCAUGAACAAUGUCACAGUGCUACAAGAACCCUUGCCAAUUCUGGGAAUGGGGAUGGUUGUGCUGGGAUCACUUCUGCUUAUCCUUCUUGUUGUGCAGCAUAACACCAAAGUGGACCCUUUGUUCUAUGUUUUCGCAGAGUUUGCUUUUAUCUGCAUGGUGGGCCUCACUAAUGCUCUAGAACAGGAUGGAUACAUCUCAGGCUUCAUGGCUUUUUACUUGAAAAUGGGUGAACCUCACCUGAGUGCUGCUUAUGCUGUUAUGAUGUCCUAUUGGGAAGGCAUUGUUCACUUCAUCCUCUUCAUCACUAUUAUUCACCGCAUGUUUAAAGGAAAAUCUUAUCGUAGCCUGGCUCUGCUGUGGGUCGGGUCGUCCAUCGCCCAUCAGGUUGUCCAUAUAUUAGGAGUGGUCAUUGGGAAAUAUGGAUCUAACAUCAGACCUGCAUUUUGGAGGAAUGCUCCCUUAUUGUUGGUGCCAUUUUGGGCUGGCUCUGUGCUCUUGAGCAGACCUAGAGAGAUGCCUGUUGUAACUGCAGAUAAGAUUGCGGCAGAACAGAGAAAAGGUUUGCUCUCCCGGCCUGUUGAUCUAAUCCUGUCUGUUCUGUUACUGGGAGCUAUGGCCUUCACUGUUUUUAGGGGUUUGGUGGUCUUGGAGUGUCCUUUAGAUGCCUGUUUUAACUACAUUUACCAGUUUGAACCUUAUCUCAAAGACCCAGUGGGUUUCCCCAGGGUAAUGAUGCUGAUGUACCUGUUCUACUCUGUACCAUUGAUGGUCAUUCUCAUUUAUGGACUGACCACACCUGGCUGUGGCUGGAUGUUAGACUUGACUAUCUUCUUUGCUGGAGCCAUGGCCCAGGCUCAGUGGUGCCAUAUCGGAGCAUCUCUGCACUCCCGCACUCCCUUCACGUACCGCGUCCCAACAGACAAAUGGUGGCCUGUUAUCUCCCUGAAUGUGCUGCUCGCUGCUGUGCCCGCUGUCCUGGCCCUGCGCUGCCUCACCAGCCCUGCUUAUUUUAUGAAACCUGUUCCCAAAGGACAAACCAACAAUGACAAAAAGAAGAAGUAGUAGACCACACAGCAAGCACUGAACUUUGAAAUACUGUGGCAUUGUUGUGUGCACAGCCAAUGCACUCCCUGUAUGAACUGUUGGACUAUUGGACCCUGAUAUGAGGCUGUUGAUGAAGAUGUGUGAUCAGCGAGCUCUGCUUUCAGGUGAAACAUGCUGUUGAUCUUGUCCCAUUCACUCAAAAUAUGACUACUGCAAAUAACUGCUCAGGACAGACUCUCUUCUGCACAGACUCUUUUUGUUUCAAAUGUUGUCUGAUAACACUAUAUUGGUAGAGUGAAUUUGAAAGACAUUUAAAGCAUUAAAACAGACAGAUUUUGUGUAGCAGUGAUUUUGAUUGAUCUAAGUAUACGUGGAGGAGUGUUCAUGUUUUAUCAGUCGUCUGUGGGGUGAAGUCAUCAUGGCAGUCAAUGGCCCAGUUAACUUCAGCUCAGAGAGAUAAGAACUGAACCCUGGAUCUGUGGGAGCCAUCACACAAAUGACACAUCAGGCUUUCAGAUGGGCUUGAUGUCAUCAUAGUGAAUGGUGUAGCAUGCGGUACAUUGUAGAGCAUAGCCCACUGUGUGAAAAGAAGGUAAUAGGUAAUAUUAUUAUUGUAGACAUACAAAUCAGUCAAGGGGUGUUUAUUUUUUACACUUUAUUAAGAAU